GCUACGGAGACGGAAGAGUGAUGUCCGACGCGUUGAACUUUUCCGCAUCCGGAACGUCCGGAACAGACGUGGUUUGGGGCCGUGUAGGAGGCAAUCAUUGUGAACAUUGUGAAGAAUUGGAACUCGAUCAUCAUGAACAUGCCAGGUGACAGUGCACUGGUUUUAUUUGUAAAGGAAAACCCGUGCUUGUGGCAGCCCAAACACAAGGACUAUUUCAAUAAAACUAAAGCCAGAGCAUUAUGGGAGCGGUGCGCAGCUACUACUGGCCGUGAAGGAAAUGAGGCGAAGAAGAGAUGGCGCAACUUACGGGACUACUAUACAAAGAGACGAAAACAGCAACCGAGCGGAUCCGCGGGAGCGGUACCGCAGGACAUGCCCUCUUGGAUGAGAGAGAUGGGGUUCCUGGACGACGCCGGUAACCCCAAACCUGUGCUGACAAACCUGGGUGUUCAACAGUCCUCAACUUCCGAUCCGAACGCGUCAUUCGACUGGGAGGAUCAGUUGGAGAUGAGCGAGACGCAGUCAUUGUUCGGCGACGAUCAGGCUCAGUCCGACGACAGGUCAGUGAUGUCUGGUGGCACGGCGCCGCCGUUGCCGCCGGCCUCGCGGCGCAGGUCGACGCCGGUCGGCAGCGCGUCCGGGUCCGCCACUGCCACCCCGUCAGCCGCCCAGCCAGCCGCCCAGCCAGCCGCCCAGCCAGCCACCACUCGCGUGAGCGGGGCCAAGCGGCCCAAGACUGGGGAUAAACUAGGGAGGGUUGACGACGCACUUCAGAAUUUAGAAAACGCUUUCGCUAUUCUGUCCAACCCUAACUUGUCGUUCGGCCAAUGGGUUGGUGCAGAAAUGGAAGGUGUGCCGGAGCAUCGUGUGUUUGCUCUAAAAAUAGAAAUAAUGACCGCUAUCAUGAAGGCCAAGGAGGAGUGAGACAAAGCCCGUGUCAUACAGGGUGGGCCAAAAAAUUGUGUCACUUUUCAGCAAUAACCUCUCGAAAAUGAUAAAAGAUACGAAGAAGAAACUCACAACUUUAAGAAAAUGGUUUAAAAAUUAUACGACAGCCAUUUUAUGGACAAGUUUUAAUCGAACUGAUGUUGCCAUAAUCAUUGUGUCUCUGUGUGUCUUUUAUUCGUGUAUGUGCUCAAAGUGGGAACCUCCACGCUGAAGGCACAUCUGAACGUGCUCCAGGAAGCUGGCGCCCACCCGCUCCGCGGUAUCUGUUGGCACUUCCUGGCAGCUUCCUGGAGCACGUUCAGAUGUGCCUUCAGCGUGGAGGUUCCCACUUUGAGCACAUACACGAAUAAAAGACACAUCCUUUUUAAAUGAUGGUGGCAACAUCAGUUCCAUUGGAACUUGUCCAUGAAAUGGGCAUCAUAUAAUUUGUCAAACGAUUUUCUUUAAGUUGUGAAAGUUUCUUCUUCAUAUUUUUUACCACUUUCGAGAAAUUACUGCUGAAAAGUUA